AUGGAAGACGCCGCGGUGCCGGACCUCAGGGACAUCGAGCUGAAGCUGGGGCGCAAAGUGCCCGAGAGCCUGGUGCGCUCGCUGCGCGGGGAGGAGCGGGCUCCCCCGGAGAGGACCGGGGACCCCCGCGGGGGGAGCAGCGGAGGCGGCGGUAGCAGCAGCAGCAGCUGCUGCAGCCUCCCGCCCUCCCUGUCGUCCUCCUCCUCGUCCUCCCCAACCUCGGGCUCCCCGGGAAGACGCAGCCACUCCAGCACCCUGGAGAGGCUGGAGACCAAGCUGCACCUCCUCAGGCAAGAGAUGGUUAAUCUCAGAGCCACCGAUGCCAGGCUCAUGCGCCAGCUGCUUGUCAUCAAUGAGAGCAUUGAGUCCAUCAAGUGGAUGAUUGAAGAGAAAGCCACCAUCACCAGCCGAGGCAGCAGCCUCAGUGGCAGCCUGUGCAGCCUACUGGAGAGUCAGAGCACCUCCCUCCACGGCAGCUACAACAGCCUGCACGAUGGCAGCGACGGGCUGGACGGCAUCUCUGUGGGGAGCUAUCUGGACACUUUGGCGGAUGAUGUCCCGGGCCAUCACACCCCGUCGGACUUGGACCAGUUCAGUGACGGCUCGGUCAUAGAGGACUCGCAGGCGUUGCACAAGCCUCCCAAAUUGGAUUCUGAAUACUACUGCUUUGGCUAA